UAGUUUAGUGUCAGUUAGUCAGGGGAAAACAACACAGAGAAAAAUGCCAUCAGCCAAUCUUCAAUUAAGUGCAAACGAUCAACAGGUGUUGGAAUCUAUAUUCAAUCCGCUGGAAUUAAGUUCCAGCAUAUCCAGUCAAGUGCAUCCUGAAUCGGAACUAACAGAUAUAGACACUGAUUUGGAACCUGAGCUAGCAUCUUCUGCACGAAAAUUAGAACUGCAAGCUGUGCGAUUAACAGAAGAGGGAGAUAUCGAUAAAGCUUUGGCCAUAUUCGAUGAAGCACUAAAAUUGACUGAAAAAGCUUCUCUAUUAAAUAAUCGAGCGCAAGCUUUACUUUUGGCUAGACGUGAUGAAGAUGCCCUUAAGGAUUUGAACCGAGCUUUAAGUGUGGCUACCGAUCAACAGAUUCGUACCAAAUGUCAUGCUCAUUGCCAACGCGGAGUUCUAUAUCGAAAAUUGGACAAUUUGGAUAAGGCUCGUGCUGAUUUUGAGUCAGCCGCCAAAUUGGGCAGUAAAUUUGCUAGAGAACAGCUGGUGGAAAUCAAUCCCUUUGCGGCUCUCUGCAAUCAAAUGUUGCGGCAGGCUUUCGAUCAGCUCAAAUAAACGGAGGGAUGAUGCUUUGAUUUUGCAAGCAAAAGGGCCACGGCUCGUUAACAUAAAUAAAAAUUAAUUAAGUUCAA